AUGGAGGAGAGUGUGGACCAUGCCGGGGAUGAGGAGAGCGUUUGGAGCAACUUUGACAAGAGCGUAGCUUACAUGAAGGAGGUGGCGUCAAUAUACGAGUCAGCGUUCGGUUACAAUGCGGACAGUUCGUCCUCUACAAGCAAGAAGACUGUCACGAAGGCGCAUCUGGACGAGGCACACAACCAGGCGCAGCAGGCCCUCGAGCUCCUGGCGUCAAAUCUGCUAAACGCGUCCAUGACGAUCGUCAACUCGAUUGAGAAACAGGUGAGAGACAGGAAGGAGGUAGUAGCGAGGCGGAUCGACUGA